UUCUUUGUUGUAAUUAUCACUUGAUCAAUGAUAUACAGAUCACGUUUACGCAAAUCUAGGCUACUGGUUUGAAACGAAAUAGAUAUUAGGAUGAUGCAUUUUCGCCUGCGACGCCACUUGUGCAGUGCUUUAUUCUCCAUGGACCGUUCAAUCGCACUGGAAUGCGUAAGUGGAACAAAAGAAAUGGCUGACAAUCCCAUACCACUAGUGAUCGUGGAAGGAUUCCUGGGCAGCGCCGGCGCUGCUAUGGGGUCCAAGUUCACAGAAUACCUUGACAGGGGAAGUAAAGAAUAUCCCAGUCGAAGAACUUUGUUUGCCAGUGUCGGGCCAGUAAGCUCUUUGCAUGACAGGGCGUGUGAGUUAUUCUACACACUUCUCGGUGGUGCAGUCGACUAUGGAGAAGGCCAUGCUGAAGCUCACGGUCAUCAGCGAUAUGGUCGGGUUGUAGACAACGCUCUGUACCCUUCCUGGUCACUUGACAGUCCGUUACAUUUCUUGGGACAUUCGAUGGGUGGGCCUACGAUCGUCAAGUUGCAAUCGCUUAUGGCUGCAGGCUUUUUCGGAGAUCGUGGGCAUCCUGACAUGGUGCUUUCUUUAACAGCUGUUUCUGCGCCGUUUCGAGGAACUCAGUUGGUAUAUGCUCUGGGAGAACGUACCGACACAGCACCUGCCGUCCGCCCAUUCUCAGCUGGUGCUAUUUUGUCUAGAAUCAUUCAUGUUUUGUCCUAUCUAUCUCCUCUCCUUCCUGCAGCGCUGGAUUUGCAUGCUGAAUCACGCUGUUUGUCGUACCGGGACGCGUCUCUUCCUUGCCUAUGGCGGCAACUCUGCAAAAGCGAUUGGGCACAGAGCCGGGAUGCUACUCCUUACGAUGCGACCUUUCAGGCAGCGGAAGAACGGGAAGUAGAUGGGGAAGGUCAGCCCCAUCAAAGGACGUUCUAUAGAUCAUAUUCUGCUUCCUUGCGCCACACAGAACGAGACAGAUCCUACAGAGAUUUCAUUGCGAACAUUCUUUCCCCUCUGUACAUUUCAUCUCUUAUCAUGUCAUCGUUCAACUUUUCUGUCCUUCAACCCACUACUCUAGCGAUAGUCGCUUCAGUAUCCAGUUCCGGUACAGAGGCCAGGUAUCCAGACCGCCCCCCCGAAAAUGACAGCCCCGGUCGUGAGCACUAUUAUUGGGAAAACGAUGGCGUGGUCCCCGUGUUUUCACAAUUUCAUCCAUUCGGAUGCAGCACUGCGCUCUGUCGGCAUCAUUCGAAGAGGACACAUACUGUAACCGGUAGACCGUACCCUGGCAUCUGGUGUGUGUAUGCAUUAGAAGAUGCGAGCCAUUUUUCUAUCGCUCCUUUUUGGUGGGGAUCUAGACGGCAGAGAGCGUUUUGGCUGGAGCUGGGAAAUUGGUUGUGGGCAAUUGACCACCACCGGCUAAUCUUGUAGUGGUGUCUGAAUACUCGGUGCGCAGGUAUCCCAUACUCGGGUACGUAUUACACAAACAGAUAGUUCAGUAAGGACAGUGACGACAUAAGGAGUGGAUGAUGAUUGAGAAACGGUGAGAAUAUGACUGAACAUGAUGCGCAAAUCUAUGGGUGAAUGAAUGUCGUUU